UGUCGGGAUACUGGGCGGGACUUCCUGCAUUGCGUCCUGUCUUUGGUUUAACUUCCCAUGGGUUGGUAUUUGGAGGAUUCUGAGCUUUAGGAUCGCCAAAUUAUACUCAAGUUAAGAGAGAGCCGGCGCAGGAUGAAGGCCAAGAAGACCGUAGGCAGCAGCGGUAGCUGUGUCCGGGCCCCUGCGUUGUCAACAGAGCCGAUGGCGGCUGUGAAGCACCUGGCUCAGAUUCCCAGAUGUACAGAAGCGGGUAUGAUCUGUACACAGGGCUGUGUAACCAUUGAGGACGUGACUGUUUACUUCUCCCAGGAAGAGUGGAAGCUCCUGGAUGAAGCUCAGAGGCUACUGUAUCUUGAUGUGAUGCUGGAGAAUUUUACCCUUAUAUCCUCACUGGUUUAUCGGUAUAAAGCAGAGGCUGAAGAAAAAACCUGUGCACGGAGUCUUUCACAAACUGAAGCACCACAAGUCAGGACUCCGAAGCAAGGUCAACUCAGGCAGAAGCCUCAUCCCUCUGACAUCUGUAUCACCGUCCUGAAAGAUAUCUUGCAUCUGAACGAUCUACCUGGGCAAAAGCCAUAUUUGACAGAAGUGUGUACAAAGCCCCAGGACCAUAAGCAUCACAGAGCCAAGAAUUGGUUAAAGAGAGACGUGGACUCCCUUGUGAAGAGCUGUAUAUUCCAUGUGGCAGAGAACCCUUUCAUCUGUAGUAAGAUUGGAGAGAAAUUCCCAGCUAUAUGGAAUCUUCUCCAACCCAAGGACAUCCCCAACGGUGAGAAACAAAAUAAAAUUAAGCGUGGAAAGGCUUUUCACAGUGAUAAAAAUAAUUCUGAAUCAGAUGAAUAUAAGAAAUCUUCCAGCCCCCAACACAGGCUUCAUGAAUACCCAGGAGUUUGCAGUACAAAGGGGGGUUUUGAAUCUAACAGUUGUGAGCAAGACUUAAACAAGUACUCACCUGCACCAUUCCGGAUGGACCAGACUGUAAACCGACCAUAUGAGUGUCAUGUCUGUGGAAAAUGGUUUGGCCAGAAAGCCACACUUAGAAUACACCAGAGACGUCAUACCGGAGAAAAACCAUAUAAGUGUGGUGAAUGUGGAAAGUCUUUUUGUCAAAUCUCUAAACUAAGUGAACACUGCAGAGUUCAUAGUGGAGAAAGACCUUUUGAGUGUCUGAAAUGUGGGAAAGCCUUUGUGUGCCAUUCUAGUCUUCUGCGGCACCAGAGAACACACACUGGAGAAUGGCCGUAUGAAUGCAGUGACUGUGGGAGACUGUUUAGACAGAUUGUCAGCUUGAUUACACACCAGAGAACUCACACUACCGAGAAACCUUAUAAAUGUGGGCAGUGUGAGAAGUCUUUUAGUCACAAAGCCACUCUUACUGUACAUCAGAGAGUUCACACUGGGGAAAAGCCCUAUCACUAUGAAGCAUGUGGGAAAUCCUUCAGCCAAAGUUCCGGUCUUAAUAAUCACUCCAAAAUUCACACUGGAGAAAAGCCUUAUGAGUGUGGAGAAUGCGGUCUAUGCUUUCGCCAGAGAGCUACCCUCAUGAAACACCUGAGAACCCACACUUCAGAAAGGCCUUAUGAAUGUAGAGAAUGUGGUAAGUUUUUUAAACAAUAUUUCUACCUCAUUAAACACCGUAGGAUUCACACCACAACAGAAUUUUACGAAUAUGAACAGUGCGUAAAGUCUUAUACCCAAAAAGCCACCCUUAUAAGACACCAGCGAGUCCACACAGGGGAGAGUCCUUAUAAGUGUGAGGAGUGUGGAAAAGCCUUUGAAUACAAAUCCAGACUUAAUCGACAUCAAAGAACGCAUACUGGUGAAAGGCCUUAUGAAUGUGCCAAAUGUGGGAAAUUCUUCAGAGAAAGGUAUGAUCUUGCUGAACACCAGAAAAUUCACACUAAAGCAAAGCCUUACCAUUGUGAUCAGUGUGGGAAGUGUUUUAGCCGGGGAGCUGACUUGGUUAAACACCAGAGAGUUCACACUGGUGAAAGACCUUAUACUUGUGGUGAAUGUGGGAAGACCUUCCGCCGAUCUACCCACCUUGUUCAACACAGAAGAAUUCACACUGGGGAAAAGCCCUAUCACUGUGAAGCAUGUGGGAAAUCCUUCAGCCAAAGUUCCGGUCUUAUUAAUCACUCCAAAAUUCACACUGGAGAAAAGCCUUAUAAGUGUGGAGAAUGCGGUCUAUGCUUUCGCCAGAGAGCUACCCUCAUGAAACACCUGAGAACCCACACUUCAGAAAGGCCUUAUGAAUGUAGAGAAUGUGGUAAGUUCUUUAAACAAUACUUCUACCUCAUUGAACACCGUAGGAUUCACACCACAAAUGAAUUUUACGAGUGUGAACAGUUCGGGAAGUCUUAUACCCAAAAAACCACCCUUAUCAGACACCAGCGAGUCCACACAGGGGAGAGUCCUUAUAAAUGUGAGGAGUGUGGAAAAGCCUAUGAAUACAAAUCCAGACUUAAUCGACAUCAAAGAACGCACACUGGUGAAAGGCCUUAUGAAUGUGCCAAAUGUGGGAAAUUCUUCAGAGAAAGGUAUGAUCUUGCUGAACACCAGAAAAUUCACACUAAAGAAAAACCUUACCAUUGUGAUCAGUGUGGGAAGUGUUUUAGCCGGGGAGCUGACUUGGUUAUACACCAGAGAGUUCACACUGAUGAAAGGCCUUAUACUUGUGGUGAAUGUGGGAAGACCUUCCGCCGAUCUACCCACCUUGUUCAACACAGAAGAAUUCACACUGGGGAAAAGCCCUAUCACUGUGAAGCAUGUGGGAAAUCCUUCAGCCAAAGUUCCGGUCUUAUUAAUCACUCCAAAAUUCACACUGGAGAAAAGCCUUAUAAGUGUGGAGAAUGCGGUCUAUGCUUUCGCCAGAGAGCUACCCUCAUGAAACACCUGAGAACCCACACUUCAGAAAGGCCCUGAAUGUAGAGAAUGUGGUAAGUUUUUUAAACAAUAUUUCUACCUCAUUAAACACCGUAGGAUUCACACCACAACAGAAUUUUACGAAUAUGAACAGUGCGUAAAGUCUUAUACCCAAAAAGCCACCCUUAUAAGACACCAGCGAGUCCACACAGGGGAGAGUCCUUAUAAAUCUGAGAAGUGUGGAAAAGCCUUUGAAUACAAAUCCAGACUUAGUCGACAUCAAAGAACGCACACUGGUGAAAGGCCUUAUGAAUGUGCCAAAUGUGGGAAAUUCUUCAGAGAAAGCUACGAUCUUGCUGAACACCAGAAAAUUCACACUAAAGCAAAGCCUUACCAUUGUGAUCAGUGUGGGAAGUGUUUUAGCCGGGGAGCUGACUUGGUUAAACACCAGAGAGUUCACAUAGAUGAAAGGCCUUAUACUUGUGGUGAAUGUGGAAAGAUCUUCUGGCGAACUACCAACCUUGUUCAACACAGAAUUCACACUGGGGAACGGCCAUACGAGUGUGACCAGUGUGGGAAAUCUUUUAACCAGGUGUCUACCCUCACUCGACAUCAGCUACUUCACACUGAAGAAAAACCUUAUAAAUGUAACAAAUGAAGGAAAGUCUGGACAGCCCUCUAGCAUCUUCUAACACCAAAAGAUAGACCAUCACAGCUCCCGGAAGCCAACCCUUGAAAGCACCCUCAGGCCUCCAAGGAUAUUACAUUGUUCACUGUAACAAACUAGAGAGCCUCAUAGAGUUCUAGGUCAUGUAAUUUGUACUAGAGCUAGCCUGCAUGUUCCGGACAGUCUGUACCCCUUGCCAGAGUUAAAGAGCUGUCAUAAUGUCUCAUAGACACUGUCUCUGCUCUAGCACCUUGCUCUGAGUGCAUAUCCACCACCACGACACCCCACCCUUGCAACAUGCCGUACUCUCCCCUUUCCUAAUAGAAGCCUCAACUUCCUGUGCCUUGCAAAUGACCUUGAUUUCUUUUUCUCACUGGAUAUUUCUGGGUCUGUAUUUGGCUAAAGGAACAUGGUCUGGGAUUAGCGGGAGGCUCCAGCAAGGAUUAUCUUCUCAAGUCCGUCUCACAUGAUUCGUGUGGCUGUUUACACACUCCAAAUCACUAGCCAGGAACUUCCUGCCAUGAUGUGCAAUAAUAAAAGACCUUAUUUUUUUUCCCCCAUGUACUUUUAAUCAAGAGUUUCUAUUCACAGACUUAGGCGGCCAAAAUACUAUGGUAGGUCCUCUUUUUGUUUUGUUUAAUUAUUUUAUUUACAUUCAAGCCCUUGCCUUCCAUCACCUCUCCCUUAAGUCUUCAUCCCCCUCCUUUAUCUCCUUGCCUCAAGAGAGUGCCUCACCCUUCCCUGGGGCCUCAAGUCUCUCAAGGCGUAUCUUCUCCCACUGAAGCCAGACCAUGCAGUUCUCUGAUAUAUAUGUGCUAGGGGUUGCCUGUUUGGUAGGCCCUGUUUAUAUAGAAAUUGUAACAGUGUUUGGGGUCUUCUUUUAAUAUUUAUUUAUUGAAUGUACAUGUGUGCUCUGUCUUCAUGCACACCAGAAGAGGGAGUCAAUUCUGAGCCAUCAUGUAGUUGCUGGAAUUGAACUCAGGACCUCCAGAAGAUCAGCCAGUGCUCUUAACAUCUGAGCCAUCUCUCCUUCCCUGGAACAGGUCUUGAGGCUGCACCAUUCAUGCCUCAGCAUGGGUAAUGGGAAAGAGUAGCUCUCGUUUAUGUUGCUUUCCAAAACCUUUAGUGGAGCAAAGCAGGGUGUUCAGUCCUAGCUUUGUGCUUUUUUUGUUUGUUGUUGGGAGGAAGGUGUUUUGUUUUUAGACUACCCUGAGGUCAGUUGUUGGAACUGCAACAUUCAGUGCUCUUAGAAUAGCUUUAACUUAUCCCAUCAUUCCCACAUGGUCUGACCUGAUUAUGCCCAAGAUUGUCGAAGAGAAACUUUUCCAUGAGGCUCAUAGAACCAAGUCCAUAAUUCCAAAUGUCACUUGAAAAAUUAGGAGAACCAAAUAGGAACAAUAACUGGUAGAUUAAUACAGGCUUUGAGGGUUGGAGAGAUGGCUCAGCAGUUAAGAGCACCCGACUGCUCUUCCAGAGAUCCUGAGUUCAAUUCCCAGCAACCACAUGGUGGCUCACAACCAUCUGUAAAGAGAUCCGAUGUCCUCUUCUGGUGUAUCUGAAGACAGCUACAGUGUACUUAUUUAUAAUAAAUGAAUAAAUCUUUUUAAAAAAA